UCAUGAUGAGCUACGAUUAUUCAUAACAACGAGGACGAUCCUCCUCACUCCUCCGACUCGGCGUGAUGCUCGCUCAAUUAUAUCACAAAUAACCUCACAUCCAGACACUUAUAGAAAAAUCUCAUCGCAUCGGAAAUUAAAUUCACGAUUAUAUAAUGUGACCAUUAAAAUAGAAGGAGAAAAAAUGAACGCACACCGGAUCGAGGAACAGACGCAGCAGCCGCUUUUUAUCAUUCCGAUGAUCUUGAGCUGUCACGAAGAAGGAUGAACAAGUUACUUUUUUGCCAAUGAUAUGUUUUUCUCGCUUCCUGCUCUUACGAUUUAAUCACACGCCUGGGAAUUCCCUCGGACUCGUCGCUCACUUAGUCACGUACUUUUGUCGAAAAUUAAUCUUCCCUCGUUGUGCUUCGAUCGCACAUUUUCACGUUCCAAUUUCUCUUUGAAGAUUCCAAUUAUUAUUUUUCCAAAGUCAGUCGAACGAUCGUUCAAAAGAAUUUUUAGGAACUUUCCAAUUUCAUAUUCGUUAAUUUUCGAAUUUUUAAUUUAUGUUUUUUUCAUUUUUAAGGAGUCUACCCUCAUUUUUUUCAUUCAAAAAUUUCUCAAAAUGGCGCAACACCAGCUGUAUUCCAGCAGCACCCUUUUUGAGCAUCAGUGGACAUGGUAACUAAAAACUAUUGAUCCGAUCCAUACGAAAUUUAUACCACACAUUUAUUAUAAUAAUAGCUUGUACCAGGACGUUUUAAAAUUUGUAAAAAUAUCGAUUUAAAAAAAAUGCCGACAGUUUUAACAAAAAAUUCAUUUUUGAGGUGCUAAAUUUUCGGUUUUUUGUUACAAUUUUCCAUUUCCAACAAAGUACGAAAUCCUUCAUCCUGGCCCCAGUUAUUAUUAUAAUAAACGAGUAGUAUAAAUUUCGUACGAUGUUUCCUCUCAUCACAAGUAAGACCUUAAUUUCAAAAAAGUCCGAAGGUCAUUUCAAAGGUUUUCAAACUUUGAUUCGUCCCGCCGUUAAUCCUUCAAACAUUUGAGGAAUUAAGCGCUGUAAAAAGUCUCGACGGACGUGGAAUAAUGAAUGUUUUUUGCGGCCGUUCACCUUCGGAUCUCGUCCCUUAAGAUAUGAAAGGCAGUCGAGUUCAAAAUCAUUUGCAUGCGGGCACGUACAUCGUGGUGCUCGAAAUAAUUUCUUUGUGAGCGUUCGUAGCCGAGACGGAGAUUGUGGACAAGAAAUGGUGAAAACAGCGCUUCCGUUCGGCCCUGGACCGGAAGGUCGACCACUUGCUCGUCGGGGUAUUCCCGAUCUCACGCAUUUCGAAAAUUUUCGUUAUGUUAAUUAAAGAAAAAAGUAAGAGCGAGGAUUGCAGGCUUUCUUAUAAAAGAGCCAGAGACCCCGAACCUCUCGCCAGUUCACUCAAACUUCUGAGAAACGCUCGAAAAAUAUUUACAAAUUAAUCACCCAAAUAUCGAGACGGACGGCAUAGAAAAACAAAUAAAUUAAAAAAAAAAAAAAAACAGAAAAUGUGUGUUGAUAAUUAAAAAAAUAAAAAAUAAAAAAUAAAAAAAAAAUUGAAGGUUACUCGUGAAAUUAUUCGACGAAAAAAUGACGUCCCUUAAGGCGAUCCUUUUGGCAGGAAUCUGCACGCUGUUUUUAGUGACUAAAUCUAUGGGUCAGGAGACCGAAACCUCCGGAAUUCGUGAAAAGUUAUUGAACUCUGGAAAAUUGAUGGUCGUUGCUAAAAAAAUGGAGGAAAUCGAUGGAGGUUUGAGAGAAAAACGGGCCCCUCAAUUCGACGAGGAUUACGACGAUUACUCGGACGUUGCGGAGUCUCGUCAUCUCCGGUUUGGUCACAGACGCAGAAAGCAUAGAAAGCCGCAUUACCACGGAGGUCAAGGGGGCUGCAGGGGUCACGGUUGUUACCAAGGUUACGGAUGGCAACCGCAGCAGGGCGGUUAUUAUAAUCAAGGACAAGGGUUCGCCAGCGCAACCGCGGGAAGCAACUUCUUUCCUAAUGGCGGAGGACAGAGCCAGGCCAAUGCCCAAAGCGCUACUUUCAGCUUUGGGCCUUACUCAGCUACCUUCAGCCACGCAGAAGCUUCCUCAGGGAACCGACGUCCACUAUCGUUCUUCGCGUACUGAAACAGCGUCGCGGAAAAUGCUGAGGCAAGAGAGAAAGGCUGACGAAAGAGUGAACCUCGCGGUGGUUACGUUGGUCGAAGAAGGAUCGUGUUCGGCGACAAAACGAACGAGAUUUCGUCAUAAUUUGUUUUUAAUGAUAAUUAUUGGAAUAAAAUAUUUAUUGAGAGACAAA